AUGACGACGACUGCCCUCCCCACAAUACCUACUGCCGAAAUCGCCCUUCACAAGACUCUCAAAUCGUGUUACGUGACGCUGGGCCCGAAUGUCUACGAUGUCACAGACUUUGUGUUGGAGCAUCCGGGAGGAGAAGAAUUCAUACUCGACCAUGCUGGUGAAGAUGUCUCAGAAAUCAUGCAAGACACUUUCGAGCAUGAGCAUUCGGAUGUCGCAUAUGAGAUCCUCAACGAAAGAUUGAUAGGCCAUGUCGCCACGGAAGCCAUGGUCGAGGCAGCUGUCGAACACGAUAAGCCAGACGAUAUCGUUCCGCCGCUUCCAAACACAACCGGUACCGCAGUCAUCAAUGGCAAUGGUGCGGCGAAAGAGGACUACGAUGCGCAUGGAGUAUUCGCAAAUACGGGCUUAAGGGGACCAGAGGAUCUCACGAAAGAGACGGACGCAAAGAAAGACUUCGCACAACAUCAAUUCCUUGACCUCGACAAGCCUCUCUUGAUGCAAAUAUGGCGGAGCGGAUACUCAAAGGAAUUUUAUCUCGAGCAGGUCCACAGGCCACGAUACUACAAAGGAGGCGCCUCAGCUCCCUUGUUUGGAAAUUUCCUCGAACCGCUCAGCUUGACCCCUUGGUGGGUCGUUCCCCUCAUCUGGCUGCCAUGUGUCGCAUACGGAACUUGGGUGGCCAACCAAGGAUUCAAUACCCCGAUACAAACCGCGGCCUAUUGGAUACUUGGUCUCUGUAUAUGGACUCUAGUUGAAUAUGGUCUGCAUCGAGGCCUAUUUCAUGUUGAUAAAUAUCUCCCAGACAACCGAGUCGGCAUCACAGGCCAUUUUCUCCUUCACGGCAUCCAUCACUACCUUCCUAUGGACAAGUAUCGCCUUGUAAUGCCGCCUGCGCUCUUUGUGGUCUUAGCUACGCCCUUUCUCAAGCUUUCGCACACAAUAUUCUACUAUGACUGGUAUGCCGCAACAGCAGUCUUCUGCGGCGGCAUCUUCGGAUACAUUUGCUACGAUGAGACCCACUAUUUCUUGCAUCACAAGCAACUACCAGCGUACUACAAGCAGCUUAAGAAGUACCAUCUACAGCAUCAUUACGCCGAUUAUGAGAACGGAUUCGGCGUAACAAGCCGAUUCUGGGAUACCGUGUUCGGCACCGAACUACCUGACGCCCCACCUCUUAAGCUGGCUAAAGCUGCAAAGGCUGCUUAG